GAAAUUUGAGUGAUUAAAUCCUCGAACUUUCUCUCUCUCUCUUUUUUUUCCAUCUUUGAUUUGUUUUUUUAAUGAUUGACAAUCGAGUUACUGGUCUAAUGCUUAGUUCGAUUCAAUGAGAUUACUCUGCUGUUGUAUACAUGGCCUCUGCUUCUUCUUUAUCCGUUUCUGUGGAAUGUGUGAAUAUAUGUAAGUUAACGAAAGGGGAAGGAAGUGGAAGGUAUGACUGUAGCGUUCUUUCCUGUGCUUGGAAAGCUCCAAGAGUCUUAACUGGAUUCCUUGCAAGCACUGCUAAUCCUUCUCAUUCUUCCUCCUUUGUCUGCGCUCGCCAUGGGAGAAGAAAUCGGAUCAAACCAGCUCCUGAUAUAGGAGGGUGCUAUUCAACGGAUGUUUCUGAAUUCAUACUGCUUGGGGGACUCUUUAGAUCAAGCUUUCUUCAUGUUGGUUGUAAAAGAUGGCAAUUGUGUAAUUCAUCAUCUUUCUCUUCAGAUACCUCUAAUGAUGUUUCUCCUGAGAGUUUGUGGGAGGAUUUGAAGCCUUCUAUAACGUACCUUUCACCUAAUGAGCUGGAGUUGGUCCAUAAUGCUCUCAAGCUAGCUUUUGAGGCACAUGAUGGUCAAAAGAGACGGAGUGGAGAACCAUUCAUCAUUCAUCCAGUUGAAGUUGCACGUAUUAUCGGAGAACUUGAAUUGGAUUGGGAGUCGAUUGCAGCCGGAUUGCUUCAUGAUACUGUAGAAGAUACAAAUGUUGUUACAUUCCAAAGAAUAGAGGAGGAGUUUGGCCUUACUGUACGUCGCAUUGUAGAAGGAGAGACUAAGGUAUCAAAAUUAGGAAAGUUGAAGUAUAAGAAUGAAAAUAAUUCAGUACAAGAUGUGAAAGCUGAUGACCUGCGGCAGAUGUUUCUGGCCAUGACAGAGGAGGUCCGUGUCAUCAUUGUCAAGUUAGCUGACCGAUUGCAUAAUAUGCGCACUCUUUCACACAUGCCUCCACAUAAACAGUCCAGCAUUGCAAUGGAGACAUUGCAGGUCUUUGCUCCUUUGGCAAAAUUGUUGGGAAUGUAUCAAAUUAAGUCUGAACUUGAAAAUUUAUCCUUUAUGUACACCAAUCCUGAAGAUUAUGCCAAAGUGAAAAGAAGAGUGACAGACCUCUACAAAGAACAUGAAAAAGAGCUCGUGGAGGCAGAUAAAAUUUUGAUGAAAAAGAUUGAGAAUGAUCAAUUCCUGGAACUUAUGACUCUUAAAACUGAAAUUCGUGCAGUGUGCAAGGAACCUUACAGUGUGUACAAAUCUGUGCUCAAAUCUAAGUUUCCAAUCAGUGAGGUUAACCAAAUCGCCCAGCUUCGUGUAAUCAUAAAACCAAAGCCAUCGGCUGGAGUUGGGCCUUUGUGUAGUUCACAGCAGAUUUGCUACCAUGUUCUUGGUUUAGUCCAUGGUAUUUGGACUCCUGUUCCUAGAGCUAUGAAAGACUACAUAGCAACACCAAAACCUAAUGGCUAUGAAAGCCUUCAUACAACUGUAAUUCCAUUUUUGUAUGAAAGCAUGUUUCGCCUUGAAGUUCAGAUUAGAACCGAAGAGAUGGAUUUGAUAGCUGAGAGAGGCAUCGCUGCUCAUUAUAGUGGGAGAGGCGUUGUUACUGAUCUAGUUGGGCAUACAGUGGCAAAUAGUAGAAGUUCAAGAGGGAAAAUAGUUUGUCUUAACAAUGCAAACAUAGCUCUCAGGGUUGGUUGGCUCAAUGCAAUUAGAGAAUGGCAAGAGGAGUUUGUUGGCAACAUGAGCUCUAGAGAAUUUGUAGAUACCGUUACUAGAGAUCUCUUAUGUAGUCGUAUCUUUGUCUUUACCCCAAGGGGAGAAAUUAAAAAUUUGCCUAGAGGAGCUACUGUUAUUGACUAUGCCUACAUGAUACACACUGACAUCGGAAACAAAAUGGUGGCUGCGAAGGUCAAUGGUAAUCUUGUUUCCCCUACGCAUGUGCUUGAAAAUGCAGAAGUUGUGGAGAUCAUCACCUAUAAUGCACUCUCAAGCAAAUCAGCUUUUCAAAGACAUAAACAGUGGUUGCAACAUGCUAAAACACGUAGUGCCAGGCACAAAAUCAUGAAAUUCUUGAGGGAGCAAGCUGCACUAUCUGCUGUGGAAAUAACAACAGAUAGAGUAAAUGACUUCAUUGCUGAUUCUGAAGAGGAUAGUGAAAUGGAGGAUCUCUCGCAUAACUCCAGACAGAGCAAACCUAUAUGGGUGAAGAUCCUGAAGAACAUUGUGGACUUCUCAUCCCCAGGAAGAAGUUGUGAGGAUGCCUUGGCAAAAAAUGGAAGUAUUUGGUCCCCCAAGGUCAAUGGGAAACAUAACAAACAAGUACAUGAUGUGGGUUUGAAGGCCGACAACGAUUUGUUAUCAUUGAGCAACGGUGCUGCAACAAUGUUACUUGCAAACAUUCCGCCACACAAGGAGGUCUUGCCUGGUUUGGAAAGUUGGCAAGCCAGUAAAAUCACCUUGUGGCACAAUCUUGAAGGACAUUCUAUCCAGUGGUUUUCUGUUGUUUGUGUAGACCUAAGAGGAAUGAUGGCCGAGGUCACGACAGCAUUGGCAGAUGUAGGCAUCACCAUAUGUGCCUGUGUGGCCGAGAUUGAUAGAGGAAGGGGAAUGGCUGUCAUGUUAUUUCAUGUUGAAGCCAACCUUGAAAUUUUGGUCAAUGCUUGUUCGAGGCUCGAUAUAAUCUCGGGCGUUCUGGGAUGGUCUGUUGGUUGCAGCUGUCCUAGUUCAACAGAAAACAACCAACUCAUGGAUUGCUAGUUCAAUAAACGAAUCAAUAAAUCCAACUAGUCGACCCAGCUGUCGUACGCUUGGUAUGAAGUUUUGUCCCCCACAGAGAGCUAAGGUAUAGCGUAUUUACAGUAAGUUUUGGAUUGUUGUCCAUAACCAUUAUCUGUUUUAUAAACACUCUUAAAACCAAAUAAACCAGCGAGGAAGAAGCUGAGUUUGAAUCAGAUUCAGGGCGGUGUAUAUAAGAAGAAAAGGUUUAUACACUUGUAAAGAUACGUAGGUUAAACACUUUUACAAGGUUU